UCAAGAUAUAAAACGUAGGCACCGAUGCCGACACACCCGCCGCUGGGGGUUCUGCAGCUCGGCACGCACUUGCUGACGCACUUGCUGCAGCCGGUCCCGCACCGGGUGCUGGUAGUGCUGGGGUGAGGGGGAGGGCAGCAGCUGUGGCGGGGGUGGGAAGUUGGGCGGCCAAUAUCCGCUCAUGGCGAAGUUGGGCGGAUGGUGGAAACACGGACUGGUACACAGACAGACAGACAGACAGACAGAGAUGUAGGGGCAUGAACGACAGACAGCCCAGCUUGUGGUGUCUGUCGUGAGUGUCAAUCAGUAACCCACCCCUGUGGCGGCAUUCUGUGGGCGUUAUGGUCAAACGGAGGCCGCGACGGCGGGGCGGCGGGUGGGGUCGGGUCGGGAGGGAGUAUGUGUGCGGGGCGGGGAUAUGGGGGUGAGUGGUGGGGAGGGAGUAUGGGGCUGGGGACGGGGUGUGGGUGGGGGUGUGGGUAGUGGGGAGGGAGGGGAGGGACGGCGGCAGCAGGGGGCUGCUGGACAGGGGCGGCUGGGGGGACCUGAGCGGCCAUCAUCCAUGCCGUAUGGUGCGCAUGUGUUUCUGCGAUCGCUUGUGUCUUUGCGUGUGCAAAUCCAUACCGACUGUAGAUCAGACGUGCUGGUCGCCCAUGCUUCCGUGUAAACGAUUCCAUCACCUGAGCGGCCUGACGACAGACAACACACAGACAGACAUCGAAUGACAAUGACUGCGUCAAUCACAGUAAGUGCCUGCCGAUCCCUCCCGCCCUGCACACAUGGUGCAGCCAUGCCUACCUGCUGCUGCUGCUGCUGCCGGGCGCGCAGCUCCUCCAGCUGACGGCGCAGCUCCUGCACCUCCCUCUCGGCCGCCAGCUGCACAAGCCAGACAGAGAAGGCAUCGAACACCAGGAUACACACACAUCCACUGAUCAGCGUGUCUGUGGAUGUCAGUCAGUAAGUCCCGGAUAGAUAGGGCUGACCAGCUUCUCGCGCUGCUCCUCAAAUGGGCGGCCGCUCCUGCGAUGGUACACCUCAGCCAUGACCGCCCUCUCUACAAGGAAAGCAUUCAGAGGCACAUGAACGAUGACCACUUUCAUCACAUCAUCGUGGCGGCGUACCGCAAAGGUAGUGGUGGUUCUCCAGAAGCUUGAGCAGGUCCAUCUCGAGGCUCCGGCGCGUCAUGCGGCUGAGCACUGCAGUCAGUCAUCACAGACGGCAAGAGAGGACACACAAUGACGGAGAAGAAACGAGCAUGCAGUGAGAACGGCCUUUCGGCGCCCCGCCCUCCCUCUUGCCCCGUCUGUCCGUCUGUCCGUCUGUCUGUCUGUCUGUGUGCUGGCUGGCUGCAUGGCUAUCCAUGUGUCCUCCUUACAGUGCCGCAGACGCGCCAUCCUGCCUUUCCUCGCCGUCGGCCACUGCCCGAACUUCCGAGCGUCUCUAAACAGGUAGGCCUGCUGGGUACCGGUCGCCAUGGCUGUUGGGUGCUGCUCAGCGAUGGCCUUUUUACUUCUUGUCUGGAGGCCUCUGAGUAACACGGACAGACCAGCACAAGGAGAGAGGGGGAGAGGGGAUAUGGCAAUCACCGAAAUGAAUGGAUUGAGAGGGGGAUGUGAUGGGUGGCUUACCACGAUCAGUCUGUGUCUGCGCAGGCGGGGCAGGGGGGGCUGUGCUGCUGCGGCGACCUGGUUGGCCUGACGACAGACAACACACAGACAUCGAGGGACGGCCGUGUCUCUCAUCUCUUGGUGCAACCAUGCGUGUGUGCUGCACCUCUCACCCAAGUGUCUCAGCGGCCGCGGGGUGUCUUCCUCGUCCUACUGACGGCUGGUCAGCCGCUUGGAUGGGGUGGGUGACGUGAGCAGGGGCAGCUGUGGCGUGAGAGGGACACGUACUAAUCCUUCACAAUAUAAAAUGUGGACAGCGAUUCUCUGGCGGGGAAGCGCCUCUCCUUCUUGCCACUGGGGGCGGGUGCCGAUGGGCGUGUGAGGGGUCUCACUGCCAAGAGGGGGGAAGAGGAUGCUUGUGUCCUUGCCUUUGUCUUUGCCGACGGCUGAUUGGGGGUGGUGUCGGGGUGAGAGGCGCUCCGGCACUGGUCCCUGCCCGCUGUCUUCCUCACACGUAAGAGCGAACACCUGCCGGCGGAUCUCGUUGAGCACCUGCCCCAUCAGCGCCACCUGAACCCCCGGCACCGCCACCUUUGCCCUUGAUCGACACAACACACCCGUCUGCACCGCCGUUGCCGCCGCACCCUCCCUCUUGACCUCUUGCUCGCCGGCCUUCUGCUGCUUGGGGGGCCGCUUGUGCUCCAU